AUGGCCCAAGCAGGCGACUACUACGCUAUCCUUGGAGUGCCUCGCGACGCGACUACCCCUGACAUCAACAAGGCCUUUCGGACACUAGCCUUGCAGUGGCAUCCAGACAAAAACAAGGACAACAAAGACAGCGCCGAACGAAUGUUCAAGCUCGUCGUCGAAGCGCAUAAUGUUCUCGGCAAUCCAGGAAGACGACAACGCUACGACGUGGACUUGAACAAGGGUUCGCUUCCCCGAUCAGCCUCUGGAGUCAUCCGCGCGUAUUACUACACUGUGCCGACAUACCAGAAGCAGGCAGGAGCACAUGAGUCUUUCUCAUAUGUUCGGGAUCCGAUGAGGCAAUAUCCACGUUACUCGGUACCGAGGCCAAAUCAACCAUCUAGGCAUCCGGGGGCGUACGGUUUCACAGUGCACCCUCCUGCACAUCCUCAGUACGCCUACAACGUGUCCGUUGGACCGUACUACACUGGAGAAUCUAUGUCGAGGUCCGCAGCAUACUUGCCGGGUUCCUAUUAUCCUGUUUCUGCCGCGCCGAGUGCUACAAUGAAUCCACAAGCGUCUGAGGCGACCCUGCCGUCUACGGACUACGAGCGACAGACAUCCACUAGGAUCGUCCAAGGAAAGCGGAUGGACCUGGAGUUGAUCAAGGAGAGGGACGCCGAGAUGGUGAAUGUUUACGAAAAUGGGGUGCUCACCCAAAGUAUGUUUCGACGUACUAGCACUAUUUGA